GCGAAGAUUUACUAGCAUUAGGGCAGUAAUCGAUCACAGUGCUGUGGAGGGGCCUUUUGUCGUGUUGUCUGUGUCACGAAACGCGCUGGUUUUCCCUCCACCGGACCCGAUCCACAUCCCGAGCCACGGCCACGGUUCCACGGACACCACUGACGGGAAGAACCGGAGGAAUCUUGCGGGUACUGGUGAGGGAUCUCAGGGUAGAGUGCGCACGGCGACAGCCAAUGGUUCCCUCCCCCCAAAGGGACGUGCCAUGUCAACUAACUACUUUGCAUAACCUCGCUUGUUGUAAGGGCCGUUUUGGUCGACCCACCGUUGACAACUCGACGUCACCCUCGUAACUUGUGCUUGUACACGGACUACCCUGACACGGCCGGGAUCACAUAUAAGUACACAGUUAUUCCAGGACUGCCAACAAAUCAACCAGGCUGGACCGUCCUUGGGGAGACUUUGUCGGUCGGGACUACAGAAAGUCACCGACGGUUUCUGAGUGACAGCUUAGGAACCGCGAGACGCCGAAGGACCGUUUAUCAAUGGACAAUAUUCGACGUGUAGAGCGGCCACGCGGAACCAAGUCACGGAAUAUCGGCGAUCCAGUAAAGAUACGGGAAAACUGCACAGUACAAGGCAGUAACUCAAGUUUCCAGUUGGACUUUAACAGAUCGUGAAGACGGGACGCCAUUUGUUUUGUAGCGGAUGUUGUCCUACAGUUGGAUUUCGAAAAGACACGUGCCCAGUCCCUAAAGUUGGAGUCGUCUGCCUAAGGUGAAACAUGGGCGACAUCCACGGUAGGCCAGAUGCGACCAGGACAGAGAGUAUGGUGGAGUCACUCAUCCGCAGGACUCUGCUGGGGGGAACAGGUGAGGAGGCUGGCUCCCAGGGGAGUUUGCUGAGAGACCCGCCCCCAGGGAGCGUGGAAAAGGCCAUUCACCUUGAUAGAGUCAUUCUGAAUGCAGGUCGAAAGAUCUCUGGGAGUGUGACACCAGGGGAGAAGGAGAACAGUACGCGAGCUGCCCCUGAACUUGGGAACGCCAGCGGCAGGAUGGAGAAGUUUCCCAAGGUUGCGCAGGAAGCAGUGCGGAAAGCCUACCGGAGCAAACCUGCCAGCAAGAGAGCCAGGGAUGUAAACAAAGGUGCGAUGGAGGUGUGCCCAUUACCUACUGACCCUGGUAUUUCCCAGUUGGAGGAGGGCCAAGUGGGUUCUACUACAGCUGGCAGCGAUGCCGUCUCUCCUGGGCAGCAGUCAAUAAAACUGGAGAUCUCUACAGCCUCCAGUAGUAACAGUACUGGGUCUCCCCAGUCGGAAAGCACAACGUCUGUCACCAGUCCAACAAGCGAGGAUUCUUCUGCCACCAAUCAGAGGAGCAGGGUCAGCAGCCCUAUCCUGUCUGCCCCCAGGAAGAAGAGGAAGAGGUGUGGGGAGUGUGAGCCGUGCACCAGGAAGGAAAACUGUGGCGAGUGCUCAAGCUGUAAGAAUAGGAAGACUGGGCACCAGAUCUGUAAGCUGAGAAAGUGCACAGAACUCAAGAAGAAGGUUGGGACAACAAGCAGUGGCAUGGAGCAGAGGACAAAGAAGGCUCAGACAAAAACGGACUGGACAGCUGAGUUACCAGGACAGGGGCUCCCGUCACCUUUCGUGGACCAAAUCAAGACAAACCACCUCACACCCCACCACCCAGCCUUCUACCCCAAUGGGGAAUUCCAGUAUGACCAAGAACUCCUGCAGAGAAACCAGCCUGCCAAGAAGUUCAAGAUGCUAAACCACUCUGUUCCUUCCUCCUUUGAACCCUGCCACAGUCCCAACUAUGCAAGAGAGGAGGUGCAUGCAGGGGAAAGGAGGAUGAGUCACAGUGGAUUGGCUGAUGUUCGGAGUAACCCACCACAGGAAAGCAGAAAUUCACAUGCCCCCAAGUUUAUGAAAAUGUCAGCUGAAGGCGCAUUAGUCCAGGAGGCAGCAGACUUGCACACAGUAUCAGCCUCACAAUCAGAAAUGGAUGAAGGAAGGCAACCCAAUGCUGUUGAGCAAGCUGCCUCAGGAAUUAUGCUUCUACACGCAUUAACAUCUAGAAUGUCGGAAAAAGCCCAAAAGGAAGAGUUUCAACAACAACAGGUUCAAAAGCAUGAUAAACAGGCAGUCUCCCUAUCAGCAAUGCCAUCACAAACAGCAAAAACAACCCUACCUGCUCACGAGACAAGAGACACCCAAAAGAAAGCACCACCUCAUUCUUUUAAAGAUGUUCUGGGUCCUCAACUGUAUCACGGUAGUCAAGGCCAGUCUUUAAACACAACACUUCCACAUAGAACACCUGAUGCUGCAAGAGCCUUCGCUCCGUCAGGCUCCUUUCAUGUGCAGGAGGUACUUAAAGCUCCACCGCCAUUCGAGUGGCCUGGAACAUUGGAAUCCGCAAAACCACGAACAAUUUCCAAAGUGCACCCAGACCAUGGAGCUCCCCUGAACAAGUCGGGAACACCUGGAAGGGUAGAAAUGUUUGGAAUACCGCUUGAAAAAACGGAUACACCCAGAAAAGCAGGAAAGUCAGAUAUGCCUGCAAAAUCACGAACGCUUCCUGCAUCAGACGCACCUGGAAAAUCUGGCACUUCAGAUGCACUGGAGGCCCACAGAGCACCUGGGUUGUCCAGAUUGUUGGAAGCACCUGGUACGUGUAUGCCAGGAUUGUCCGUUCCACCUGGAACACCCGAGAAGUCGGGGAAAGGUGGAGCGGCAUCAGGCAUAGCUGGUAGAACUAAGACUCUGGACAACCCACUGAUGUCAACCAGACAACUGCAGCAGAUGUUUGACAACCUGCCUUACAUUCCUCCAUCAGAACCAGGACCAUCCCACCAGCCACCGACAACCCCACAAUCAACACCAACCACACCACGGGCGUCUCAAGAUACUCCCAGAACACCACAGAGUACACCUGUCACACCUCAGAAAACCCCUCACAAGUCAGCUGGAGCACACACUGUGAAGUCUGACUGCAAGUUUGAGCUGCCCACGUGUAACUGUGUUGAUUUCAUAAGUGAGAAGGCUGAGGGCCCAUACUACACCCACCUCGGUGCAGGACCCUCCAUACAGGCUAUCAGGGAGCUAAUGGAAAGAAGGUUUGGCCAAUCAGGAAAAGCACUACGGAUAGAAAAGAUCAUCUACACGGGAAAAGAAGGCAAGAGCUCACAGGGAUGUCCCAUUGCAAAAUGGAUUGUACGAAGAAGUAGUGAGGAGGAAAAGGUGCUGACACUAGUCCGGCAGCGGCCGGGUCACCACUGUAACAGCAGUUACAUCAUCAUCUGCAUCGUCGCAUGGGAGGGCAUCCAGAGAGCCAGGGCCGACGAACUGUACGACUAUCUGUCAGGCACACUUUCCAAGGCUGGACUGCCAACCACAAGGAGAUGUGGGGUUAAUGAAAACAAAACCUGUGCAUGUCAAGGAAUAGAUGACAACAACUGUGGUGCAUCCUUCUCAUUUGGCUGUUCCUGGAGCAUGUACUACAACGGCUGCAAGUUUGCCAGAAGUAGGGUCCCCAAGAAGUUCAAACUGGAAGACCCCUCAGAGAAAUAUCUCAACAAGGAAAUGAAAGCAAGAGAGGAGGCAAUCAUUGAAGACCAUUUCCAGAGGCUGGCCAGUGAAGUUGGUCCUGUGUACAAGCAGCUGGCUCCGGAUGCUUUCAAAAAUCAGACGGAGUAUUCAGAAGUGGCCCCUGACUGCAGAUUAGGGUUCGGCCCAGAGAACAACAGGCCAUUUUCUGGUGUAACAGCCUGCGUUGACUUCUGUGCCCAUGCUCAUCGGGAUCAACACAACAUGAACAAUGGCAGCACAAUUGUGUGCACACUGACUUGUCCAGAAAAUCGGAAACUUGGGCCACCACCAGAGGAUGAACAACUCCAUGUCUUGCCCCUUUACAAGAUGGCCCCAACUGACGAGUUUGGCAGUGAAGAAGGCCAGGAGGAAAAGAUUCGCACUGGGGCACUAGAAAUGCUCACAAGCUAUACACACCAGAUUCGCAUCUCAUCAAAGCCGAAGACCCCUAAGAAGGGAAGAAAGCAGAAGGACAACAGUGCAUCUUCCAGCAAUAACAAUAACAACACUGAGUCCCCUGCCACUGAGAAGUCGAAGGAGAAGCUGGUCGAACCAAAGGUUCCUGAGAUCAUUCCCCACCCAUCUCAGCAUACUGCUUCACCAGCGUUCAACCACAGUAUGGAACAGAUGGCAGCGGGGGUGAAUGGGGCCAUGAGGGAUCCUCCAGCAGUAAACAGGAAACUGUUUACCCACAAUCAAGCUGGAAACCCCCAGGCCAUGGACAAGUCUCGACCCUUUUCUCAUCCCAUGCACAACGAGCCGUUCUUUCCAACAACAAAGAAGCCUGCGACGAAAGAGCCAGACCGGAUGACUCAAAGACAACCGCUGCAUGGAAAUAUGGAGGCUGUUAAUCCAUUCGCAAGACAUGAAGCCGUGAAGAGACCUGCUUCAGCGUCAUGCGAUGGACCUGCUGCAAAACAGGUGGCCCACCAUCAUCCACAGGAAGACAACCCCUUCAUGAAGGCAUGGGCAGAGAACGUGCCCAGGGAUGCUGCCGUUCAACAGUCUUCGGGAAAUCCCAAAACUGCCAAGGACCCUGGCAUUCCCAGUUGGCAAACAGAGAUUGGGCUGCGGCCGAUUGUGAAUAAUGGUCUAGGCGGUCUUCAACAACACUGGUUUCCAUUCAACCCCUUUCACGCUCAGCAUCCAUUCCAGUUGAUCCAACCGGCAGUUGGACCAUUCAACCAAGUGGUGAACCAAUCACAUUCAGCGCAGACGUGGCAAGAUCCGUUUGAGAAUGCACGUUAUGAAAAACUGUUUGCAGGUUUGGACAUGUUCCAGCGGAGCAGGCCCAAUGUUGAGCAAAAUGGCAUACAGAUGCAGCAGCAACUUACACCAGAUGCAUCUCGUGAAGCGACACCUUUACCAGGACCUCAUACACCAGCUCCAACACCCCAAAGCUACCAAGGGGCCUUCCAAGCCAAUCUACCUCCAAGCAAUGCAAACAGCAAGGAAACACCAUUACAAGGAGAUCACCUUCAGUAUGCACCAGGCAAAGAGUCAGCUCCAAAGCACAUUGCCCCCACCGGUGUUCUCCCAAUGGGGUAUGGACUGCCUACCCCACCUCCACCUCCACCCUACCCACAUGGAGACAAAACUAACCAGAUUCGUCAGACCAACCCUCCUCCUCCUCCUUCUAUGAAUGGCCAGGUACACAGUCCCUUCAAUCCCCACAUUAGCAGUGAGAAGCACGUUCCUAGUGUUCAGUUUCCUCGGGUCAACUCACAGGAUGUCCAAGCUCAAAGCAGACCCCAAAGUACAAAACCUCUCAACGGUCCCCAUAGUCCCCAGGUUCAUCAGCAGUCACAUUACCAACUUCCAAGCAUUCAGUCCAUUUUCCGAGACUCUGGUUUAACUCUGUCCAAAGAGGUAAGAGACCAGAGCAUGUUCCAAGAAGGUCUAGCUGGUCGUCGCUUCACAGAUAUUGCCAAGAACACCUAUAGACCCCAGACCCCCACAGACAAAGGCCACCUUCCAGAAAAUCUCAUGUCCCUGUACAGCAACCUCUUGCCCCCAAUGUUGCUGCCAACCUCCCCAUGCCGCUACAGUUCCCGGCAAAGCAGCCACCUCUGAGUUGAUGACCCAUAUGCUUUUGAACCCCAACAGCCAAAUUCUCACCAACCAGAUAGAAACCCAACGCCACUCAAUCUGUCUCGACCCAACCCAGUCCAGGUUCAGCCGCCUCGAAUUGAAGAGAACGACAUCCUUGGCAAUGCUGCUUAUCCCCCGGCCUUGAAUGGUCUGAGAUCCCAGCUUCUCCAGAAGCUGAAUGCAGCCAUGAAGCCUGACAAAGAUGGGGUGGUUCGAAUCAAACAGGAGCCUAUGGUGUGUGACCCAGAUCUCACAGAUCACUUACCUCCCCCAUAUGCCUUACAUAGGAAGGAGGAUGACGAGGUUUGGUCAGACAGUGAGGUUUGUUUCCAGGACGAGGACAUCGGUGGGGUGGCAAUUGCUCUGUCCCAUGGCUCUGUGCUUAUUGAAUGUGCGAAGCGUGAGCUCCAUGCAACUACAGCGAUAAAAAAGCCGAACCGUGCCUGCCCGACAAGAAUCAGCCUCGUGUUUUAUCAGCACAAGAACAUGAACUACUCCAGGCACGGCUUUGCAGAGUACGAGCAGAAGAUGGCGGCCAAGGCAGCAGAGCAGGAGGAGGCACGGAAACUCGCCGAAGGAGGGCGCAAGGUGGAAAGUAGUGUUGUCAAGGAAACAGUUGCUGAAGAAUCCACGAAGAAGGUUGCCGAGAAGACCGGCCCUACCAAACCAGCAAUCAACAAUGCUCUGACAAUGACUACAGACACUGUGGUUACACUCUGGUCAGUAGCGGUUCCUCAAGUGACAGGGCCCUACCAGAAGUGGGUGUGAAAGGUGGCUCCUCUUUCUCUUGCUUAGCUGUACGACGAGUCACAGUGCUGCUACUGCCCGUUUCCCACAAAGUGCAUGCCUCCCACCUUGACAAGGUAAGGAAGUGGUGCUAUGAAGAACUAGAUACAAUCAGCUGCUACACUCAACAUUUUGUGGGAAACUCUCUAGUAGCAAAAGAGGGACAACUGAAAAUCAAAUCAGUCUUUUGUGUGUUAUGAAAAUGGCCAGUUUGUUACCUUGCAAAAAGGUAUGAAGCAAAAGAUCUAUUUUAUCAUGAUGCUAUAUCUGGCUUGAAACAUGCGACACAUUGUCCUCUUCGGCACUGCAGAUGACUCUUUACCAGAUUGCCAAUGGCCUUCAAAUCCGCCACCUACCUCAGAGUGAGUAUAGAUCACGCUAUGAAAGGGAUACAAGGAGGUUCCUAUCCCACCUACCCAGUUGGGUAAGCAAAGACAUUACAUAGGGUACCUGCUGGUGCAUCACAUGUGCAUUGCUUAACAGACAGUUGAAAGAGGGUGCUAGCACAAGUGUUAAGGAAAAUUUUAACUUUAAAUGACAAGAAUUUUACGUUUUAUCCCAAGAUUUCAACAUGUUGAAGGAUUAUUGUUGUGGAGGAAAUAGUUGUUCAUGUUCAAAUUUGUUAAUCUUUUACUGGUGCAAGGCAUGUGCCAGUAGGUACCCUUUGGGACAUGUUUUUAACCAUUUUCUACAUCAGACCCUACUCUUGACUACACAGGUGCUUUCAACAGUUACAACACAGUUUGGUACCCAACAAGGUGGUUGGGUGUAAAGUAGUUAAUUUUGAGAUAUACAUGUGUUUCUAAAUGAUCUGUGAAUUGGUGACAUUAGUGUUUAUUGUACAGAUAUUUGUUGUUACAGGGUGCGUUGAUAUGUGAUGAGUACAGUGGUAAGACUGUACUUGUGAGUGUAUGACCUGUACAAAAGUUUUACUGUUUGUAGUGUUCUUGGUGUAUUCCUAGCACACUGGUUUUUGUGCGUUUCAUAGGCACACUGGUUUUGUGCAUUUUUGUCGGCACACUGGUUUUUGUGCUGUUAUUAAGAUAAACACCAUUAUAUAUACUGUGUGUUUACAGAAUUCAGAAACAAACUGAACUGCUAUUAUAGUGAUGCAGUUUUGUACACAAUGUUCACAACUGGUGCUGGAUAUUCUUUAUUCUAGUUAUAACACAGAAGUUUCUGAAUAUGUCAUUGUUUAAGUAAUGUGUACUUAAUGUUAAUUGCUUGCCUGGUUUCCAGGCAGUUUUUCCUCAAUGAUGCAGCUACACAAUUUCAGGACAUACUCAAGUUCUGGUGGUGCUAAAACCUACAGUUUAUUAAUCUAACAGUUGCAGUCGACAAGACCAUCCUUUUCUCCCAUAUGUGUCUUUUCUAUAUAACCGUGUGAUAUCCAGACCUUUACAUGUUAGUCAGUUAAGGUUUACAUGUGAUUUUACAUUACCAGUACAUUCCCACUCGACAUAUCACAGACACUAGGACCUGCUACAUUGAGUCAGAUUAAUGGUGUAGAAUGGAGCAUGAUCUUGGCAGUACACCGUUUGCUCAAACAAUGGAAAGACCAUGAAUACUUUGAGCUAUGCACGAAGUUACCCUUAACAGGUAGCGGUGAGCAUGGUGUCAGAUACGCUCCAUUUCUAAUUCCGUAAGGUGAUCGCUGUCGUUUUAGGCAGUAUGGAAGUAGCAUCAAUAACAUUCAGGGAACAACUUUCCAGAACGCAAUAGCUAAACAUGUAUAACAAGAUUUUAGAAUGAGACAAAUGAAUACAACCCAAUUGCUUUUACUUGAAUGUGUAACUGUACAAAUUGUGCAUAUGGUCAAGGGGUGUGUACAACCUAUAAUAGUAGUGAAUGAAUGUAGCUUUUAUGAUGUGUGUUAAAAAUUAUGUCAAAUGUAUGUAGUAUUCUAAAAUGCAUGGUUUGUGUAUUUUUUCUACCACUGUGUAUGACUGACUUUGGAAAGGAGUAGGAAUAUGGUGUGGCUUGUAAAUAUGUACACAGAGUUCUUACAUUGUGAUCAAGAGAUGAAUCAAGCACUGUCUGCAAGAGCUUUCUAUUUCUGUUGUGAUGUGUUGUGCGCAUGUAGCAUAAACUGCUACUCAGUUUGUUAAAUUUUUUCUCAGACAUUUCUAAGUAGGUUGGAAAGAGCAACCUAUGGGAAAAUAUCAAUAUGAAGAAAGAAAUACUGACUGAGUCUUCUCAAUACUCUAUUGUUGGGAAGAUAAAGAAAUUGGAAAAUCAUAGUUUGAGAACCAUGUCUGAGAAAGAAUAAUUAAAAUUACCUUGUACAGGUAGCUGCAACUUUUUGUUUAACCCUUGUAAAUGUAUACCUGUGCUAUGAUAGAUUAUUUGUGUCGUAUAUCAUUAAUACAGCUAUUGUGUAUACGAGUGUUGCUGGAUAGAAUUGUGCUGCUUUGACUUUUUUGUUAGUCGUCAAUAGUAGAAAUCUAUACUGCUAUAUUCAAUUGUAUUAGCUCUAAAUCUAAUGGUGUGAGACAUUUUGCCAAGUUUAGUGGAUUUUGUGUGCUGUGGAGCUUGAUAGGAACAUAAUGGUACCAGGAGUGAUGAAUGGAUCUAUAGUAACAGAGAUGUGGAUGUAAUCACCCUGGAAAUCCUUGUGGGCAUGCUACCCUAUCAGACGACCAAUUUGUACUAAAGGCAAACGGUUAUUUUUGGUGCUUAACUAGGAUAACGGUUAACAUAUUAGCCACGUAUGGAUCUUGAUGCCUCAGGACCACUCGACACAUCCAUACCUCAACUUUUCUACACACUUACAAUAUCCAUUUCCACAUCUAUGGUAGCAUGCCCACUUGCGAUUUUCCUUACGUGUAUAAACUAAUUUUUGAGUAAUUGACUGUGUGCUUAGACUACUGGAGGAACUAUUACUAGUGGUUGCAUAUCAUGACAUUCAACUGUACAAUACAGUACACAGGAUGACACACAGAAAAUAUACCUGCUUGUGUGGAGGAUGCUGCAACAGCUACAACAUAGAGAAAUGAGAAUUUGUGUACAUCUAGUAGGUAAUGUUGAUUGAAAACAGGUUAGUGUAAUAGCAUAGUUGCAAUUCCAGAAGACCAUGAUUUGUAUAAUUUCUAUCAGGGUACCAGACAUGUACAGCUUCUGUCUAUAUAAGAAUUUGUGUGUUUGGGUCAUAUUGACUUUGUACUUUCCUUUUGGUGCUGGUCAAUUCUACCAUAAAAAUGAUAGUUGGGAUCAGUUCCCUCUGAAUUAUUGUGUUUAUUUGUCAUAAUUCACAUUCUAGAGGUAUAAAUACUCUUGGAAAUUUUAAUUGAUAAGCUGCUACUAUAGCAGAUAUUAAUGUACUGUGAUGUGUAGUGGGCAUUUUUAUUAAAUCUAUUUAUUUAUUUCCGGAAUCAGCUGAUUUUGUUGUGUCUAUUUUAUUUUUGUUUCUUUAGCAAAUCAGUUACUGAAUAUUUGCAAUCACCAUCCAUGGUGCGAUAUUUUUAUUGUGAGGAAAAAUGGGGGUUUGUAUUUGAAGAUGCCUCUAGUGGCACACCAUUACAAGCCUCAUCUCUUUAUUGCUGUACAAUGAUAUGGCCCUAUAAACCUCAUUCAAAAGUGACUGUGACAUACAUGUAAUACCCCUUGAAGGUUGUACCAGGUAACGUGGCUGUAUCAUAGGCAUAUGAACAACAAAGAAACAACUUUUGGACUGUGAUUACACUCAUAGAAAAGGAGGAGACAACCUAGCCAUAAGACUGAUGAAAAAGAGCAAAAUGCUAGAAUACCAAAGAUGUGAUCAGAGGGG